AUGAUCAUGAACAUGGAUCCAAUGUUUUUAGCACUAAGCCUAUUUAGAAGAAGACGCUUCGAUAAGUGCAUAGAUAUUUGUACGAGUAUUUUGGAUAAACAACCACUUGAUCAAGCAGCAUGGUGUCUAAAAAUGCGAGCCAUGACCCAACGUGUCUACGUGGACGACAUGGAAAGUGAGCAACAAAUGGACAACGAUUUCUUGGACGAAAAUGUUUUGGCUUCUGCUCCGCGACCUGGAACAUCCAUGAAAACGGCGGUGGCACCAACAGCUUCAGGAUUAGGUACUCGUCCUCGUACAGCCACUGGUCGUCCCAUAUCAGGGGUGGCGAGGCCUGGAACAAACGCAAGACCAGGAUCGGCCAUGGAUCGUCUCAGAACUGCCAGACCAGCCACUAACCAAUCAGCAAGGACUAUACGACUCGGAACCGCCGCAAUGUUGACCCAAAAAGACGGACCGUUUAUACAAGUAUCCAGAUUAAACGUAGCAAAGUACGCGAAAAAUAAAUGUUUGAAUAAGGCGUUGUUCGAGUAUUUGUUUAAUCAUGAAGGCGAUGUCAGGAGUGCCAUGGAGUUGGCUGUGCAGGCGACUCAAUUUUUCGAGUUUAAGGAUUGGUGGUGGAAGGUGCAGCUGGCUAAAUGUUAUAUUUCGUUGAAUUUGAUCAGGGAAGCUGAGCAGCAGCUGAGAAGUGCUUUGAAGCAACACCAUCAUGUCGAGAACUUCAUGAGAUUGGCUAGAAUCUAUCUCAGAUUAGAUCAGCCUUUGUCAGCAACAGAAAUCUGCAAAUCUGGACUAGAAAUUUUUAAUUCUGAUGUAUCCAUAAUGACAGAGUUAUCCAGAAUAUACGAAGCGCUUAACGAUACUGCCACAUCUGUAAAGUUUUAUAGAAACAUUGUUGUGGAAGAUGCCAUGAAUUCAGAAGCUAUAGCCUGCAUAGGAAUGUACCAUUUUUACAAUAACCAACCAGAAUUGGCCUUAAGAUACUACAGGAGAGUUCUGGCAAUGGGAGCUCACUCCUCAGAGCUGUACAACAAUUUGGGGUUAUGUUGUUUAUUCUCCCAGCAACUAGAUCUGACUUUAGCAUGUUUCCAAAGAGCUCUAGACCUGGCAACGGACCCGAUAGUCAAAGCAGAAGUUUGGUACAAUUUGUCGCACGUGGCAGUCGCUGCCGGCGAUAUCGAGUUGGCGAUUCAGUGUCUCAGCUUGUGUUUGUCGUCGGAUCCUUCGCAUGCCUCUGCGUUUAACAACCUCGCUAUUUUUCAUCACAAAAUGGGACGAACUAAUUUGGCGAGGGUCUAUUUGACGACGGCUAAACAGUUGGAACCCAAUUUAUGGGAACCACAGGCCAAUUUGGAAUUCCUGCAAAGCAAAUAA